UUUAUGAGGAAGAGGAGAAUGUGUGCGUGGUGGGUGGCAGGGCUGGUGGUGGUGGUGGUGGGGAUCGAGGCGGUCGCCCGAUGGGACCACUUUAUCGCUCCGGGCUUCGCCUUCCAGAGGAGCGACUCCUACACCAGCUACAACGUCACCUCUCUAGACCAGUGUAAGAUGAUGUGUUCGGUGGUGGCGGGAACCCCUCAGUGCAUGGCGUGGACGGCAGUCCGUCAGGGGCCGGGAGCCUGGACGUGUCUCCACGCCAGCCACAGUCCGCCCUUCAACACCCUCACCACCAACACCAACUCUGUCAUGGGCUACACCGAAGACUCUCUGAAGGGAGAGCUUAAUGCAGUCCAGGCGGAGGACGGCCACUACUACUUUAUACCAUCAUCCCAAGCAAACCAUAACUUCGACUUUGCAAAGCAGUACUGCCAGAACCUCCCAGGCUUCAGAUUAGCCAUUUUCUACACUUUCGAACAAAUGCAGAUGGCCUUGAACUUGAUAAACAAAAAUGUGUACAUCGGUCUUCAGAACAAUGGAAAUGGUUUCCAAUGGGGAGACGGGACACCUUUUCCUAGUGAAUUGUCAAGGUUGAUUUGGAACUAUAAUUAUAGCAACGACCCUUAUGUGAGGACCGACGGUAACAACUACCAGAGGGAUCAUAAUAUAGAUCUCUUCCUUUGCCAGCAUUAGACAUGAUUUUUGCGAGUGGUCUUGAAAUACGAGAAGGAGGAGGGAAGAAGAGAUACUCGCACGCGAGUGUGUGUGUACUCACCUAGUUGUGUUUGCGGGGGUUGAGCUCUGGCUCUUUGGUCCCGCCUCUCAACCGUCA